CGACGUUCUUCCUCCUCUCCAUCACCCACUGGAACCCCCUCAGCAAAUUCCCUCGCCCCUCGCUCCGGUGUCCAGGAUUUGCCUCGGCUCGCUUUUGUUCUCUCUCCCACUACACGGUUGACUGGUUCACCGCCCGACGCCCACCCGGCCCCACCAACCAGCCUCUCUUGCGCCUCGCUCUCUCACCAGCGCCCGCACCCACACACUCUUUACCUUCUUGACUCUCAGGCGCUAGUCGUUUGAUCUUUCUUGUCUCCCUUUCUUCCAUUUCUUUCGUCGUUUGCGCUUUCCACUGCACUUCACGCAGUAGUCAACCAACUCGCCCUUGCAAUUAUCAAGGGUUCUACGCGCCCCCUCACCCUUCAACAAAGGCGAUACUGUUGUGAUAUUUCACGCCGAUUGACGAUCUUUACGACCUACGACUCCAAUCUCCAACCCUCCCUCCACUGCCCUGCGUGACUCGGGUGUUACCCAUCGGCCUGCUACCGCGCCGCUCUUAUUACUGCUCGCAAAAUCAGCAAGCAGUGCAGUUGUGCGUACGUACACCAUAGCCGCCUCCACCCUUCCUUUCACCACCAACACCCCCUGCUCUCGUUCCCAUCAGAAAGGAUCUGAAGGCUUUCCUCUCUCCGUACCCUUCCAACUCCACCUAUACUCCAUCCUCGGUUCUGGCAGCCUUGGGUUCAAGACGUCUCACUCAUCGCAACUACUAUCGCGUCCUACUUGAGCAGGCCUCCACAGUAUCACACCCUUAAUCAUGUCCCAGUCUAUCCUCUUGCCCGCGUACGCUCCCAACCACGCGUUCUCCUCUCCCGACCCCACUCCGCUGCGCGACCUGGCGUUCUCUGUGGCUGAGGCUGCUCUCCAGCCGGAUCCCAACUCGCCUUCGCUUCACAUGAGCUUGCCCAAGAUGCCCUCCCCUUCAGAACUCGUUCGUUCCGGGGGCUGGCCCGCCCCUGCUGCGGGUUUCGACCGCGACGAGUGGGUGCAUGACGACUGGACCCAGAAGGCUGUUCGCAAGUCUGCGUGGGAUGCCAAUGGCUACGACCGACGAGUCUUGCUUCGAUCUUCCGAUGACAACGCAAUGUCGUCUCCUCCCAUCUCCCCCUCGUCCUACAACUUUGCGCUUCCUCCCAACUCGCCUUUGGCAAAGUCGGUCGCGAGCCACGGCUACUCUUCUCCCACCGCGGCGACCUUUUCGGGUCUCGACCAGACGCGUCCUCCCCCCGAGUUCAAGCCUCGUCUCUCCGCCACCGAGCGUGCCUCCAAGGCCAAGAACGAUGCGCCCAAGCAUGCGAGGACCCAGUCUGCGUUGCCUUCCUCUGGCAACAAGGAGAACAGGAUGCGUCUGCCUAGCCUUGCCGAGAUCCAGGCCAAGAUGACUUUCGGUGCACCCUCUCGUCAGUCCCCGCACAGGGCGCCCGUCGUCCGUAUGGACAGCCAAGAAUCCAUCGAGGUGAUCAAGACGCCUACUGAAGAGUGCCCCGCUCCUCGUCUCGAAGCCCGGCUCGCGCUUUCCUCCAUCCUCAACCGCCGCCCCUCUACGCCACCCAACACCGAGUCUGGGGCUCCGAUGUCUCCCACCAAAGAAUCUCGAUUGGCGCCAUUCCUGCGCGAGCGUACCAGCGGCAGGCUCUCUGGCAGGCCGGUGUCGAUGCCCCCCAUGACGUUUUCUGCCGACCAGCUGGCUUCGCUCGCUGCCAUUGGCAACGGUCGUUCUUCUACCCCUCCUCAGAGACCUGCUCUUACCAUUACUCCCCCCAAGGAGCGAUCGGUCUCGACUGGCCAAGUGCCUACUCCCCGCGCUGCGCCUCUCCGUACUUUUUCCGGCCAGGCUUCUCCCACCAGUAGGACCAUGAUCAGCACCCCUCCGCUCCGCUCUGCCACCACGCCCUCUCCUCGCCGCUCGUACUUUUCCCCGGCGCUCGCCUCCCCCACAGGGAGCAUGAGCCCCACCUUGUCUAUCCCGAUGAUCACCUGCACGCCUGCGCCUGCGACGGUGUUGAAGGACGGCAAGGAGGUCGACUCGGACGAAGAGGAAGGGGACGUUGUGCUUUUCGAGGGCGAGAUCUUUGAGAGCGAGAGCGAGUCGGAUGAAGAUGAGGUUCUUUCAGAGGGCGGGGAGAUUGAGCAGGAGAUGAUGAAGGAGAGGGAGAGGGAGAUGAGGGCCGAGGUGAUGAAGAGGAUGCUCAUGCAGCGCCGAAAGUCGGACUAGGCUGUGAUAUAGUCGAAACUUGCUCUAAUAUAUACCCUCCGAUCUUUGAUCAUUCAACCCCCUCCGCGUAGUAUGGCUAGUUGUUCGUAGACCUCGAUAGAUUCUUGUUCUCGCGAAGGCUACCGCUCGAUCACCAUUAAUCCGUUCCAAAUCCCGUUGACCGCGUCUUCAAUUGUACUUUAUAUACCUUUCAUCCGAUCAGCUAGACUGGUCAUUCCAUGCCGUUAUGGCCGAAUGCAUUUGUGAUGCACAUGUGAU